UGGAAAAUUUUGCAAUUAACCUCCUGCACUUUUUAUAUAUCACGUCCACAUCUUCCUCCCAUUGAGAACAUUUGCGGACCACGCCAUUUCAGUGGAUUGAAUCACUUAACACGAAAAUAAUUAUCAAUACGAAUUUGAACGACUCAUUAACGACCUCUCCCCAGCUCAAGCGGCCUUUGCCGGGCAUUUUCACUCUGUUCUGCAAUCGAAACUUGAAAUAAAAACAACAAGAAAGCGACAUGAUGGACCUUCCCAGUCCUCCACGCGACAUCGCCAUCGUUGGCGCAGGUAUUGCCGGCAUUGCCUGUGCGCUUGCUCUCUCACGAGAGCUGACCCCGUUCGUGCCCAAUCUCAACAUCACAAUCUACGAGCGACAUGACAUCUUGUCCACUUCAGGCGGUGCAAUCAAUUUAACUCCUGUCGCACAAAGGCACCUUGCAAAGCUAGGAGUUCUGGACGAGCUAGACCGCAUGGGUUCGGAGGGUGGGGCCGAAGUGGAUGCAAUUGAACUCUUUUCGAUGCGCUCUGGUCGCUCAAUUGGUUCAAUUGAUUUUGUUGAUCAUAAUGGUAAUGGCUUUGGCGGAUAUAAGGGCCGUCGUGUCAUGCGAAUCAUUCUCUCGGUGGCCAUGAUGACAGUGGUUGAGAGGACUCCAAACGUCAAGAUCGUCUUUGGCAAAAAAGUCAUUGGCGGCGAAGAAAUAAGCGACAAGGCCGUCAUUCAUUUCAGUGAUGAAUCCGAAGUCAUAGCUGAUCUUGUCAUUGGUUGUGAUGGCGUUCAUUCACCCGUUCGCACCCGCUGGGUUGAUCCUGAUAGGGCCUCUCAAUACACGGGCAUGUCUUUCUUGCAAGCUACUAUCCCGGCGAACACCCUGUCAACACCUCCGCAUUUUCAGUCAUCGGCAUUAAAUAUUUCACGUCAUGGCUCGAUGUUGACGAGCUUCUGCGAUCGCGAUCGUGAGCAAAUCUUCGUAGCCGCAAUUGUGCAAUUUGAUCAAGCGAAUUUAAGUUAUCAUCGCCUCGAGCCGGGUCAAGACUGGGCGACCAAGGAUCGAAUUCGUCGGGAUUUGCGCUGUGAAAUGCGAGACCGGUUCUCAAAAUCCGCGUUGCCCUGCAUCCGAGAGAUGGUGGCGAGCAAAGAAGAUUGGAUGCUUUACCCAGUUUAUCAAGUUCGGCCCGGGGGUCGAUGGUGUAUGAACCGUGUUAUCCUACUUGGUGAUGCGGCACAUGCGAUGCCCCCUCGAGAUGAAUCAGCAGCAUAUGCUCUGGACGACGCUAUUCUCUUCGCUCGUAUCUUGGCACGUUACCGCCAAGAGCCGCUGACAGAGGUCUUCGAUGCAUACGAGCGACUUCGCCGAGAAACGAUUAAUCACGCCUUCAAAGAAUCCCGCCGAAUGUGGGAUAGAAAUCGCGACAUGGGUUUUUUGGAAGGGCGACUCAAAGAGUGGACGAUGCCGUUCCAUAUUCGAAGUCAUCGUGAUGAAAGAGAGAGUGCGUGGGAGUUUGACGCUACCAAGAUUUUGCUUCCAACACCGACCCCGAGCGAGGACUUGGUGUCGUUGAAUUCAUUCUUGAAAGAAGGUUCGGUAUGAGUGAAAAUUGUUUUUGAGAUGGAUAUCUCCUUGGGUCGGUUGGGGUGUUUGGAAGGAUUGCAUGGGUGGUGUACUGAUUCGGAUUUAUGGUGUGAUACCCUAGGCAAAUUUGGUUUUAGUGAUAAAUGUAUGUCAUGAAUUGACCUGCGCUCAUGCAGACUGGGCCUUUCCAUCAAGUC